AUGCCGUCCUCAUAUAAACACAUUGACACCAACCUUUCAAGAGUCAACGCCGACGAAUUCACCAUGUCCACCAACCUCAGCCGUGAACAGAAACCCGAACCCCAAGAUUACUACAUGUACCUCCUACGCGCCGAACAAGGCCGAGACAAAGACACCAGACGCACAUCCCUCCUAACCCAAAAACCCGCGAAUCAGAAAGACACCACCACAAUCGAACCUCUCUCCUACGACAAACUCUGGGAAGGCGAUUUCCUAACCACUUUCAAAGCCAGCCCCGCCCCAAUCGUGAUAUUCCAAGUAAUCCCAAUCCCAGAGAACAGCCCCUUCCGCGAAACGAAACUCGUCCUGGGCUUCAACUUCGCAACAAACGAACUCCUAGGCUACACCCUCGACCCAACAAAAGUGCCCAUCAAAGAAAUCUACUCCCAACCCGAUAUCUGGAGAGAAUGCCGCGACCCGUCUGCACUAUCGAAAUCCUGGCCGCGCCGCAAAAACGUGAUAUCAAUUUCCACAUCCCGCUUCUAUGAAAUGCUUGACUUCACCAUGCAAUAUUCCAGCGAAAUUGGUGCUGAUAUGCUCCGCGAUGGCAUUCUGCGGUUCUUCAAGGAGGUUUCUGUUCCGCUACACCCGAGCCUGGACCUUGUGGUUGUUAUUCAGUUUGCGCAGUUCCUCGCGGACUUUGUGCAUGUUCUUGAGGAUGAUUGGGGGCGGGCGAGGGCUUUGGUGGAACGGUAUGAGGCUUAUCAGGACGUUUUGAGGGAUGUGUUGCUGCGGGCUUCGGUUGAUGUUUGGAUGACUUCGUAUGAGGUCUUGAAGGUUGGGAUGGGUGGGCGGAAGAAGGAUGUUGUGCCGGAUGAGGAGAGGGAUAGGAUUCGGCUCUUGAUUGAUGAGAAGGCUGGCGGGAAGGUGGAUAAGAAGCGGGAUGGAUCGGAGAAUCAGAGCCGGAAUUACCGGCAGCCGUAUGUGCAGGAUGCUGACGAUGGUGGUCAACAUAUGGCGAUGCAAUUCUUACAGCAAGGUGUUCAGGGGACGCUGAGCGGUAUUCAGCCCACGUCCGUUGGCGAUGGUGGUGGCAGGGGACAACAAGACGGGAAGAUGGGUUCUGGGCCUCAACAUGGGGUGUAUGAAACGAGUUAUGAAUGGCAUUGGUAUACGUGGAUCAUUCUUGCUGUCAUCUUCAUGGUCUGCGCUUGGCUUUUUGAUAAUGAGAUGUACUCGCAUGGCGUGGCUUUCAUGGCCGGUUUCUUUGUCCUGUGUUUUGUUGUGACCCCCGGUGGAGAAGACUCUAGUUCAUUACUCACCCCGCUCGCAGACGCUUUACGUCUUCCGAUCAUUCAUUCCUAUUUGGUCGCUAUGCUCGCUCGAUGGGAUCUUUGGGUCAUCGAUGUUUUGGCUGCAUUGGCUGCUUUUGAGCUCCUCGUCCAUGGACAGCGUGAGCUUCUCGCCGAGGAGGCGUUGGGAUGGGUCACGAUACGGACCGUCAUACUGAUAUGCCAAUGGAAAGGGGUGAAUAUCGAUUUUCUACUUCGGCCGGGGUGGAUGGGUCGAGGAUGGAGAUGGGUGAUUGACAGCAUUCCUGAUUGGAUAUUUGAUUCGAAUGUACAAUGGUCGAUGUGGUACAUUCUAGCGCUGGAUUGCACGGCAGUCAUCUCCAAUGCCUACUUCCUGCUCGCGAAGGAUUACACUCCUCUUGCUCGGAGUGUGAUUGUUUGGUAUGUUCUGCGAUACUGGUUUUCCUCAUUUGAAGAAUGGAGAAAUUGGAUGCGUGAGCUUCUUCUGCCAUAUCUGGCGAAGUAUUUCAGCAUCCUGUAUCUGCCAUAUGGAAUUGUUUUUCUCGUGAUUAUCGCACACCAGCAGUGGAAGUUACUAUUUGCUGGAAUUUCCCUGGGCAUUGUGGUGCAUUGGGCAGCGUCGAGGAUAUGGAAGCUGGCUAUGAAUGGCUACGAGGCCAAAACCUUCUUGAUCUGGACAUUCGUUGCGUGGAGGACUUUUCGAGCGGGAAAUUACGUUCUCGAGCUCGAGGCCGACUAUUUCGUGCUCGCUGUGUUUGCGCGAUGGAUGUCGCGGGUCGGGGUGAAAGAAGGGUACAACUUUGUAUUUUUCUGGUUUGCAAUGGUUCUUGUCUGGAGGGUCCACGUUACCAAAAUUGAAAGCAUGGUGGUACCCGUGGAUAUCCUCGUGAUUUUCUGCCUGGAUUGGCUAUCAGUCGCGGUUAUGGAGUCAGCUGUACCAGCGGUGAGUACGCAGUCAAAGCCGACCCCUUGGAAUGAGCACCUCUGGGAUAUCUAUAGUACACCAACCCUCAGGAGGGUUUCCAGUUGGGGCGAGGAGAUAGCCGAUUAG